GAUUGGCUAGGAAAACCCACCAAUGGAGAGGUCGGGGAGGCGGGCCUAGAACGCGGGCUGGAAGAAGAAAAGCAAAUUUCAAGUUGGCGGCUGCGUGGGCCCGAGUGGGGGAGGGACGGCAGGUUUUUCUCACUGGAUCUCUCCUAUCCAGGCCCCCUCCACCAUGGCCAGCCGGGGUGGGGGCCGGGGUCGUGGCCGAGGCCAGUUGACCUUCAACAUGGAGGCUGUGGGCAUUGGGAAGGGUGACGCUUUGCCUCCACCCACUCUACAGCCCUCUCCACUCUUCCCUCCCUUGGAGUUCCACCCGGUGCCUCUGCCCGCAGGAGAGGAAGGGGAGUAUGUCCUGGCGCUGAAGCAAGAGCUGCGUGGGGCCAUGAGGCAGCUCCCCUACUUCAUCCGGCCAGCUGUCCCCAAGAGAGAUGUGGAACGUUACUCAGACAAGUAUCAGAUGUCUGGGCCGAUUGACAACGCCAUCGAUUGGAACCCUGAUUGGCGACGACUACCCAGCGAGCUCAAGAUUCGAGUGCGGAAAGUCCAGAAGGAGCGGACCACCAUUAUCCUUCCCAAGAGGCCCCCUAAGAGCACAGAGGAUAAGGAGGAGACGAUCCAGAAACUAGAGACUCUAGAGAAGAAGGAGGAGGAAGUGACUUCAGAGGAAGAUGAAGAGAAAGAAGAGGAAGAGGAGAAGGAAGAGGGGGAGGAAGAGGAGUACGAUGAAGAGGAGCAUGAGGAGGAGACUGAUUACAUCAUGUCAUAUUUUGACAAUGGAGAGGACUUUGGAGGUGACAGCGAUGACAAUAUGGAUGAGGCCAUAUACUGAAAACCUGGGCCAUCACUGAAAACCUGAGACUAUAUAUCAUUCUUGAUUUGAGAUACAGGAACUAAAUAUCCUAUUUACUUAGGGUUUUUCCUGUUUUUGUUAUUGUUUUUGAGAGAGGAUCUCAUGUAGCUCAGGCUGGCCUUGACCUCUUGAUCCUCCCACCCCCACCUCCCAAGUCUUGAGAUUCCAGGGCUGCACCACCACACCAGACUCACCAGGAUUUAAGGAAAAAUUGUUGAGGAAAAAUUAUUUAGUCAGAAUCCAGGUGGCCUGUGUGAUCCCUGGGGUCGUGAUGCACAGCACCUGACAGUUUAUGGGACACUUGGGGUAGAAAUAAUCAAGAGGAGUAAGGCCUGUUUUAUAUUUUUAAAUAAAAUGUUUGUACCUGUCUCUCUA